AUGGGUCUCGAUGGUGAAGUCGUUGAGAAAAUGAAUCGUGACAUUACAUCUAAUCCAGCUACUGCCCACCAUACAAUGCUCUUGAUGCCAGAGGAUUUGAAUGCACGGCAUCAGCACAACGCAAAUAUCGGAGCGAAAAAGACGUUGAUCAAACAGCCACCUCCCAAAAAGGCGCAGAGACAGUUUGAGCGUAUGUGGAAUGUGUCGAAGCCAGGAGGCGGUGGUUUUGACGACUACGAUGACGAACCUGAGGAGGAAAUGUUCCAAGCGCAGCAGCAACGCCCUCGCCAAGGACUGCUUGGUCAGGCGCCUCCUCCAAUGUCUAUGCUCGCACAGACG